AUGAUGCGACAGUCGCGUCGUCUUCUCAUGAUGGAGGGAGAAAGGAAGUUCACAUUUCCUGGCUCCCCCGCAUCACACUCCACUGGUGGAGUUCCAUUUUACGGCAAUAUUUAUGCUGGUCGUGUGGACACGCAAAACUAUGUGCCGCCAGUGCAGGAGGGCUCAGGUCUUAUCAAACCCAAGUCUAGUCUCUGGGAUGAUCCACAGGUGCGUGCAAAGAUGGAUAGUUGCCCAUACUUUGCCCUCUGCGAUCAGGUUUUGUGGCAUAACAUGGACCCCGCGUAUCUUGAUCCCGGCCUUCUCACCGCGGAGGAGCACCAAUUGCUGCUUCUUUUUAGUCGUGCCUACUAUGAAAAAUGGAAGGCAAUCCAUCUGCGCCCUCCCAAUGCACUUCCACGCGUGCGUAUAAAGUACGGUGCGACUCACCUAUUGGAUGAAAUGUUAGAGUUGCUAGACGUCCCACCAAAGCUGCGGCGCUCGCUUGUGAAGGAGUUUCAACUGGACGACGCUUCUUUGAUUGCCAUGAACCCAGAUUGCUGGGAGACGGCGUACCUUGAUCCAUUUAAUAGGGACCAUUUUUCUGGUCGUGUUCUAGAAUUUGCUGGCGUGGACGAGCCUUUGCGUGCUAGAUUCUUUCUUCUUCUGCAGCAAAUGCGCCGUCUUGUCGUGGUACGGAAGGAUACCACCGAGGAGCAGCGAGUUGUGCUUCCCUUCACUGCGGGCGUCACGUUAUUCGACCUCUACAAACACUUGGGUCUUGACCCGUACAAUGGGCAAAUGAAGAUUUACGACUACGUGGACCUGCAGCAGACAAAGCAUGUGCUGACGCUCAAGGACGAGGACACCUACUUUGAUUUCCUCGUGACAACUUUUUUCAAGGCAAAUCUGCGCCGCGCGACGUUGAGUGAUGUUGCCGACGACACCGACAACACGGCACGCUACACCAUCACCGUGGAGCCGUGCACUGUUGCAGAGAAGCGCAUCGGCCGAUGGUUUUGA